GGAGCACAAGGCACGCUAAGGUAGAGCGGAGGACGGGUGAGGUGCCACGGAGGGUGACGAAGAGCUUGGCUGACUGCACGACGCUGGACGCUGGCGAGAGCACCUCGAACGCGACUCACUCGACCUUGGCGACGAGGCGCGUCCUCGGCGUGGCGAUCGCGAGAGCGCGGAAUCGAAUGGCACGUGCGUUGAACGAUGAGCCCGGCGAAGCUAGUCGAGGCGUCGGUGGUGACCGAGCAUGCUCGUCGCCGAAGCCGCGGCGUAGCGAGGCGCGACAGGGACUCUGGCGAGAUCGACGACGAGCAGCCGCUGCUUCGGCGAAGUGCACUGUCUGGAUGCAGUCGAGCGAGAGCUGGCCUGCGCGAGAGUGACACCGAGCGGCCGGGCACGCCGAGCGCGAGCAGCGACACACGAGGUGAGAACGAGGAGCCUGACGCGCCACGCCGACUCAUGACGGACAGGACCUCUUUGCUAUCCAGCGCCAUGCCCACCAACUCUCUGCUCGACGACCGUAGCCCGCUCUCGCACGGGCGCAUUUCCCUCGAAGGAUGCCUGCAGCCGUUCGGCCAUCCGGGCGCCAGGCGAGCGAUGAACGAGCUCGAUCGCGAGGAUUGUGGCGCAUGCAAGCGCAUCGACCGGCCAGAUCCUGCAGCUUCCGAUCAUGACCAAUGCUUCGAUGCACGGUGGCGGCGAGAGAGAGGCGUGAGCAGCGGUGAGACAACUCAGCUCAUCACCCGAUGCGCAGUGCGUGACCUGAGCGCGACUGGCGAACCGCGCUGGCGGCUGGCGACGACGUCAAGCUCGAGCCAGGACAGCAGCUGCGACUCAGCGUCAGCAGAGCGAUGUAGGCGCUUUCGCGAGGCGAAAAAGGCGUACCUCAGCUCUGAGCAGAUCGCGCUGCGCUGCGCAGCCGGCUGGGCUGCUGCCGACGCUGCGAGGGGCCGGCUGAGCCGCGCGGCAGGUGCAGCUGGCGGUGCAUGUAUGAGCUGAGCUGCUAUGAGCCGCGACUGAGUGAUCCUGACGUCCAGGGAGAGAGCGGGGGCUUGAUGGGCGGGAAGAAAGAGACCCGGGCGCUGUGGCGCUGGCAGACGCCGUGUUGUCGGCGACGCAGCGCGGACCGCGACGGCCAUCGGGCU